AUGUCAGACUUUCCUCCUCCACCAGUCGACACCAUUGACUGGAGCAACGUGGGCUUCAAGAUUCGGGAAGUCGCUGGCCAUGUUGAAUCACACUACUCUAAGGAGACCGGAAAAUGGACCCCUCCAGUCUUCGUCGAGGACCCAUUCCUGCGUAUCCACGGAAUGGCACCGGGACUAAAUUAUGGAAUGCAGUGCUACGAGGGCAUGAAGGCUUUCCGUGCACCAAACAACACGAUCAACAUUUUCAGGCCCAACAAAAACGCCGAGAGGAUGCAGCACUCAGCGUCUUUCAUUUCUAUUCCGGAGGUUCCGACAGACCAUUUCCUCGCCUGCUGCAGUAUGGCCGUGGGAAUGAACGCGGCGUACGUACCGCCCCAUGAAACAGGCGCCGCAAUGUACAUCCGACCCCUACUCUUCGGUAGUUCGGCACAACUUGGCCUGAAUCCACCCCAGGAGUACACUUUUGUCGUCUACUGCAUCCCAACUGGUGUCUACCAUGGCUCAAACCCAGUAGAUGCGGUUAUUCUUGAGGACUUCGACCGCGCCGCGCCAGAGGGUACUGGAUCAGCAAAGGUUGGCGGCAACUACGCUCCAGUAUUACGACAUAGCGAGAAGGCGUACAAGGCAGGCUACGGUAUCACCCUGCAUCUGGACAGUAAGACAAGGAGCGUUGUUGAUGAGUUUUCAACGUCUGCCUUCAUUGGCGUAAAGAAGGACGGCGACAAGGUCAAACUCGUCGCAUCCAAUAGCAAGAACGUCAUCCAGAGUGUCACAGGAGACAGUGUUCUCAGGAUUGCCGAAUCUUUUGGCUGGGAAGCUGAAUCUCGAGAGAUCGCCUAUGACGAACUCAAGUCCUUUGACGAGGUCCUUGCUGCUGGAACCGCGGCGGCUCUUGUCCCUAUCAAAUCCAUUACCCUGCCUUCCAAGGACGACAAGUUCACAUACGCAGAGGCACAGCAAGAACCAGGCCCAGCAUGCAAGAAGCUUCUUUCGACCUUGAAGGGUAUUCAACAAGGAAAGAUCGAGGACAAGCAGAGCUGGCUGUUCAAGGUGGAGAGGCCAGAGCAAUUCGGAAAGCAAGAUCAGGCAAAUGGUGCCAAGAUAGUUGGACAACUGCCUUAG